GUCGCCAAUAGCCCACAAUAUGAAAACGCAAACUCCCUAAAACCACCAGUGUAUUAUUAUUUUUUCAUAUCAGGAAAUUAAACAAUUAUAUUAUGACUAUUAUUAGGUUUCCUUCAAUAUUAAUUAGCUAAAACCGUUUUGUGAAGUGUUUGGUGGGAAUUGCGUCCAAAAUGGGUGAUAAAAUAAAGAACAUUCCUGAGCAAAAAUUAAAGGCUUUUUCGAUCGGCACGAUGGGGAAACGUUCGUUAUCUAAAAAAGAAUUAGAGGAACAACGGAAAAAAGAAGAGGAACGGGCUGCGGCUCAUGUUUUUGAGGAAUUUGUCGCUACGUUCCAAGAGUCCCCUAUUAGCAGCUCGAGUAAAGUGUGGGUCAAAGCGGGGACUUACGAUGCAGGAGCGCGAAAGGAGGAUACUAAAGACAAGGGCAAGUUGUACAAACCGCAGUCCCGACUAGCCCCCACUGAAUUAAUGGCAUCAACGGAAAAAGCUCAGUUUUACGCUAAAUUAAUCUCAGAUAAGAAGCCUGAACGGUUAGGGAAGAAGAAACAGCACACUAAGAGCAACCUAGAGGCGUUUAAAGAGGAAUUAAGACAGAUUCAGGAGGAGCGGGAGGAAAGACACAAGUACAAAGGGGUGCUCAGGACCCCCAUGGAGUCCGAGCUGGACAUGUUUUUGCGGAGCGGUGACUUGGGGUCGUUCGAUAACGGCGACCCCACAACGACAAACCUCUACCUUGGCAACCUCAACCCCAAAAUAACCGAGCAACAGUUGAUGGAAAUUUUCGGUCGUUACGGCCCCCUUGCUAGUAUUAAAAUAAUGUGGCCCCGCUCGGACGAGGAGAAGGCCCGGGGCCGCAACUGCGGCUUCGUGGCCUACAUGAGCCGAAAAGACGGCGAAAGGGCGCUUCGUAACUUAAACGGCAAAGAAAUCCUAGGUUAUGAAAUGAAACUUGGUUGGGGAAAAUCGGUAAUAAUCCCUCCACAUCCCAUUUACAUCCCUCCCGCGCUCCUGGAACUGUCCUUCCCUCCGCCUCCCUCAGGACUGCCCUUCAACGCCCAGCCCUGCGCCCGGGAUAAGGACGUUCUGCCCAAAUCUGCAGAGGAACUGAACGAGAUUUUGGGGCGCAGUGUUGUCAAAGUUGUGAUUCCGACCGAUAGAAAUCUGUUGAUGUUGAUACACAGAAUGGUCGAGUUUGUGGUUCGGGAGGGGCCCAUGUUGGAAGCUAUGAUUAUGAACCGGGAGAUACACAACCCUAAUUACAGGUUUCUUUUCGAAAAUCAAAGCCCGGCUCAUAUCUACUACCGGUGGAAACUCUACUCCAUCAUGCACGGGGAUUCACAGAAAGAGUGGAGCGUCAAAGAGUUUCGACUUUUCAAAAACGGUUCAAUUUGGAAGCCCCCUCUGAUGAAUUCGUACACUGCCGGGAUGCCCGAUGAACUAGUGAACGACGACGAGGGUAAAGAGAGUACGAAAGGCUCCCUCUCUAACACGCAACGAGACCGCUUGGAAGACCUGAUACGGUCCCUAACCCCCGAACGGAGCAAAAUCGGCGAAGCUAUGGUCUUCUGCAUUGAACACAGUGACGCUGCUGAGGAAGUGGUCGAGUGUAUCACCGAAUCACUAUCAAACUCCUCAACCCUCAUCACGAAAAAAAUCGCCAGACUUUACCUCGUGUCGGAUAUUUUGCACAACUGCGGCGUCAAAGUCAACAAUGCGUCUUACUACCGCAAGGCGUUUGAGUCAAAACUUGUGGAUAUAAUGACCGAAGUGAAGAAGUCCUACGACAAGUUGGAAGGGCGGUUGCAGGCCGAGGGUUGCAAGCUGCGCGUUUUGCGGAUAUUGCAGGCGUUGGACGACUCGAUUUACCACAAGGAUUACGUGAACAAAUUACGAACCGUGUUUUUGGGUAUCAAGGAACCGGUCAGGGAACCUAAAGAGGACCCCGCUGUUGAGUCAAAUAUUGAUAUAGACGGCGAUCCGUUGCAAGACCAGCCCGAAACCGACGAUGAUGUGCCAAUGGAUGGAGCAACGUUGCUGAAAAGUGCAAUGAAACGGUACAAGAACACCACGAUUUCGAAUGAUGAUAUUGACGGGAAGGAAAUUGUCGAUGAUCCGAACGAUGUUGUGCUUAAUCAGAAGAAACCACCCGCGCCUUUGUCCGGUUUUAUUAUGUCAAAGUGGGAAACAAUCGACCCGGAACAAGUCGAAGCGCAAGCGAUGACCACAAGCAAGUGGGACUUGCUGGGAAGUAGCGCUGAUCCCAGUCAGGAUGGUUCCUCAAACGACAAGGACGAUUCCAAUGAUUAUACCGACACGAGAAAUAUGACGGAAGAAAGAAGGAACAAAUUGCGAGAAAUUGAAGUGAAAGCCGUACAGUACCAAGACGAAUUAGAGUCAGGCCAAAGAGCUUUGAAAACCGGGUGGACCUUACCACAACAAGUGGAACACUAUCGAAGAAAGUUACUAAAGAAGAGCGAGAAAGAAAGGAAGGAGAAAGACCCGAAAAGCGACAAACACAAAAAAGAUGACCGGAAAGAGGACAGCUCAGAGGACGAAUUAUAUUACAAAGAGCUUAAAUCUAGGAAAUCAAAAAAACUUUCGCGCAGCUCGUCAAGCGGUUCCACGUCCAAACACAGGUCGAAAAGUCGUUCGCCUCCGAGGAAGAAAGCUUUUCGAGGGCCGAGUCCGCCCAGCCCCCCUCACAUCCGGCGUCAGUCGCCCUCCUCGUCCCGAUCCCGCAAGUCCAAAGAUUCCCUCUCUCCGAUUAGUUCCUCAAAUGGUAAAUAUGGUUCACCAGCUCGUGUGGCGAAAAGUCGGCGAUCACCGUCACCUUCACGUACAAAAAGUAAUCGUAGAUCGACUUCUCCGCGAAAUCGGAGAUCUCCGUCUCCGAGAAGUCGUCGUGGGAGCACGUCACCGUACCGGUCCAGGUAUCACUCGCCGGAGUCUUCAAGAAAACAUCGACACAAACACAAAUACUGAGAGCGAUAUUUUAUUACGAAUAAUUGAGGUAUUGAACACACGCUCAAUAAUAUUGAAAGGAGUUUAUUAUGUUGUCUUCAAUUACUUUUUUUCUUUUACAAAUACAAUGGAUCUUUACGCCUUCGAA